AUGCUGCUCUACCCGUAUUCGCGUCCGAGACCGCACUCUCUUAUGGGUGAAAUCAUGAGAGAUAUGGCCAGAAUGGACAGACAAUUCGUCCCGCUCGUCAAUCAAAUCCAGCAAUCUUCCGCUGGCUCUGAGGUAAGAUUUCCCCGUAAUUCCAUUAAUUUUCCCACUUUUUCAGAUUGUCAACAACGCGGAAAAGUUCGCCCUGAAUCUAAACGUGUCGCAGUUCAAACCGGAAGAGUUGAAGAUCAAUUUGGAGGGCAGAAAGCUGACGAUCCAAGGGGAGCAAGAGGUGAAAUCGGAGGACGGCUACUCGAAGAAGUCCUUCUCCAGAACCAUUUUGCUGCCGGAAGACGUCGAUUUGGCCGCCGUCGCUUCGAAUCUCACUCACGAAGGCGUUCUGUCGAUUGA